AGCAAAAUCUGUGAAAAGCACCUAUUUGUAGACAGCCAUGGCUUCACUGGUUGUAGUGACCAUAUUUCUUCUUUGGGGGGCCUUGUUUCAACCCCCCCAGGUGGCAGCAUUCAAACCUCUUUUUAAUGAUGGCUCCAUGACCCAUAGAGAAAUCACUCAGAUGGCCAUCCUUCGCAAGACAGCAGAAGUGUGCCGUGACAUAGCCACUGCCCAGGGACGAGACUUCACACUGGCUAUAAACAACAAACUGACUGCAUCUGCUGUCCAAAAAGCCUGCGCAACAUCUCCUGAUUCAUCUUCUGCCCUCUCUUCUCUGGGAUUUUAUUCAGUUAUAACAGAGAUUUAUCUAAGCAAUGCAGCCAUAGAUGCAGUGUUUGCACUGAGUGCGGCACGGCAUGUAGAUAAUGAGGCUUUCAUUGAGGGCCGGGACCUCAUCACCCGUGGUGUGGCUGCAGUAAAGGCCAGCGUGCAGCAGGAGAGCUAUAUCUCUGCCCGUAUCACACUGGGGGCUUUAUGCCAUACUCUACAGGAUUUCUAUAGCCACAGUAACUGGGUGGAACUGGGAAGCACUGCUCCUUUCACCCCCCUGAUCAGACCUGAGCUUCCUCUCAACAAUCUAGCAGAUCGCAGCACACCAACGUGCAAAAACUGCAUUGGGGAAGACUGUAGUGAUAAUAUUCUCCCAGAAAUAAUACUGCAUAAGAAACUUACCUCAGGAUAUUUCAGUAUUGUCUUCUCUGCAAAACCUGCAGGCAAGUGUAGCCAUGGCGGCUUUCUUGAUAGGACCAGUUAUAGAGACCCCACUGGAGGCAUCAAUAAGGAUGACAUCAGCUCAAGUCAUGGCUUCCUUCACCAGCGUGCUGCUGACAUGGCCAUCAACGCUACUAUGGAAAUGUUGCAAGACAUCCGACUGGCCACAGGCAACCGAGACUUUCUUCGAUUGAUGGGCCUCAGUCACACCUCAGUUCUGGCUUUUGUGAUUGACACCACGGGCAGUAUGUCUGACGACAUUGAAGAAGCCAAGAGAGUGUCCUUCAGUAUCAUAGACAGCAAAAGAGGAACACCGGAAGAACCUUCAGAAUACAUUCUAGUCCCAUUUAAUGAUCCAGAUUUUGGACCUCUGACAAGGACUAAGGAUGCAGAUGUUUUCAAAGCGAGAAUCAAUUCCCUUACAGCAUUUGGAGGAGGAGACUUACCAGAGAUGUGCCUGUCAGGACUGCUGUUGGCACUAGCAGGUGCUCCUCUGUCUUCAGACAUUUUUGUUUUCACUGAUGCUUCAGCAAAGGACUCACAAUUAAAAAGCACCGUUCAGGCCAUGAUACAAAUCACCAAAUCAACAGUCACUUUCAUGUUGACUAACCCUGUCUCAUUCCGUAGAAGACGGGAUGUCUCACAAUCUCAACAGUUUAAUUCAAGAUCAAUCCCUCAGUCAGACAUGCAGCUGUACAGAGACCUGGCUUAUAUUUCUGGUGGACAGGCCAUAGAGGUCACAAGGGCUACACUGUCUCAGGCCACUGCAGUCAUUACGGAUGCAUCUACCUCAGCCCUGGUGACUGUUCUUCAGGUAGUGAGAAGUCCAGCCAUUGCAGAAAACUUUUCUUUUGUGUUGGAUCCAUCUCUGUCCAAUGUGACUGUGUAUAUCACCGGAGACUCUCCAGUCUUUACCCUCUACAGCCCUACAGGUGUGUCUCAGUCAGGUUCAGUGGCAGAUGGUCCUCUGGGUAGCAUCCUGACUGUAGGGAAUUUAAGGAGAGUAAAACUAAACUCUGACAACCAGACAGGGGAAUGGAAGAUCAGCAUUAACUCUACACGCUUCUACAGCCUUAAAGUCACUGGUCAGAGUUCUGUGAACUUUCUAUUUAACUUUGUGGAGCAGAUAGAGGGAGGUGACCUCACACCGAAAGCCAAUCGUCCAUUCAUCGGUCGGAAUGCUACUUUGCUUGUCUCCGUGACCGGAGGAGAUUCAUUCACAGUGACUGACGUGCUUCUAGUUGAAGCUUCAGGAUCUGGUGUUGUUAAUGGAACCGUCAAAGCAGUGGGUGCGACAGACUUCCUGGUCAACGUAGACAGAAUCCCAGAGGGGGCAUUUCUGGUCCAACUCAAAGGGCUGUUGAAUGACGCGACUCGAUCUUUGCCUAGUCAAUUCCAGAGACAGUCACCCACACAGCAACAAGGCUCUAGAGUUACCAUCACGGCUCAACCAAAUAGCACUAUAGAGCCUGGAAUCCCUUUUGAUCUCAACUUUACAUUGGUCAGUAAUAAUACAGAGAGCAACUAUAUUAUCCGAGCCCGGACUGACCGUGGCUUCAGCGUGUCUUUCCCCAGCUCUCUGAACAUGGGGACAGAGGGCAGCGCUCAGGGAACUGUAACCCUGACUGCACCUUCUGACACAGAGUCAGGGACGGAUGUCACACUCACUAUUGAAGCAGAAGAUCAAGGGUCCGGAGACUCGAAUUACGUGGCACUGCGGUUCAGUGUCAUAACUAAGGUCACUGAUUUCUCUAGCCCUGUCUGUCAGGUAGUGAGCAUCAAAGCUGACUGUCCUGUGGAAUGCAGCACAGCAUCAUGGGAACUCUCCGCCAACUUGACGGACGGUAAUGGUACAGGCAUAUCCAGUGUGUCUUUCAACCGUGGGAACGGCUCUCUCAGCUUAAGCAUUGUGAUAAGUGAGGAUGGCACAAAUGUGACUGUGGCAUCCUACAAUGCUUCCUGUUGUUCUCAGGAAGUAGAGCUGGUAGUUGUGGACAGGGUGGGAAAUGUGGGCACAUGUUUCACUUCUAUAAAGAGUCCCUCUGUAGAUACAACCACAGUUAAGCCCUCUACACCCUCUACACCGUCUACACCCUCUACACCCUCUACAAUCACCAAUAAGCCUUCGACAAUCACUACAGUCAUAACAACACCCAAUAGAGGCUGCUUUGUGUCUUUCUCAAUGUCUGUUUUGCUCUGCAACUUAAUUUUUUUUUUUUUUUUAUGUAAAUAGGAGAAACUUUAGUUGAAUAGAAAUUUCAAUUAUAUUAUGAGAUAAGAAUAACAUGUCUAUGAUGAAGAUUUACAUUAAUCAAUGUCUAAAUUGUUAGGGCUAGGGUUAAAACAUGGUUGUAUUAUAAAUGAUCUUUUUUAAAAUUCUUUUUGAAAGUGCAAUAAUCAUAGAAAAUUAAGAGUUGCCUCUCUCUCAUAUUUUAUCCCUUCUUAUACGUAUAGUAAAGUAUGAAGUUGCAGAAAUAAUUAAUCGGUUACACUUUAUUUUAAAGUGAUGUAGUUACACUGUACUUACUCAAAUAAGUACUGAGUAAUAUUAAUUAACUACAUGUACUUAUUAUAGAGUUACAGUUAGGGUUAGGCUUUGGUUUAGGGUUAGUUGCUUGUAAUUAUACAUAAUUUACAGUUCGACUAUAGUAGGGUACAUGUAGAAAGUGUAACUACAUCACCUUCAAAUAAAGAGUUGCCAAUUAAUAUAUCAAAAAUAGGGAGAGCCUAAAUGUAACCUGUACUUAUUAGUUUGAAGCAGUGUUUGACUGAGUUCAGUUACAUCCUGUCUGAUACUCCUAAAUAAAUACUCCAAAGAGAAUGAAAAUGUU